UGUCAAACAAUAAUUUGGUUGUCAUUGUCUACAAUUUGCAUUUCAUCGUUUUUGCUGCAAUAUUAUUUUUCGUAUAAAAAUCAUAUAAAAUGUAUUCACACAAUAACUUUAUACAAACCGAAUUAUGGAAAGGUGGCCCUGUACCUGGACAAUUUUAUAACUUUCCUGGCACUAGCCAAGAUAUCAAUGCCGGCAAUAUCACAGCACCUGGUUUAUAUGGGUCCAAUCGUUCGUCAUCACCAAUUACCACUGGUACCUCGGUAAUUGGAGUUAAAUUUGAUGGUGGUGUUAUGAUUGCUGCAGAUAAUCUCGUCUCUUAUGGCUCAUUAGCACGUUACCAAGAUGUGCAGCGUGUUUUCAAAAUAAAUGAAAAAACCAUCAUUGGUGCUGGAGGCGAUUUCGCUGAUUUUCAAAGUCUGAAAAGAAGUAUAGACCAGAAAAUGGUAGAGGACAUGUGUUAUCAAGAUGAUAUUGAAAUGCAGCCUAAAUCGCUGUACAAUUGGCUAACACGUAUUCUGUACAAUCGUCGCAGCCGUGUCAAUCCAUUGUGGCUAGAGAUGGUAGUUGGUGGCAUGCAAGAUGGUGUGCCCUUCUUGGGUCAUGUGGAUCUGCGCGGACGUGCUUAUGAAGACGAUGUAGUGGCCACCGGUUUUGGCAAACAUUUUGCUUUGCCUUUAGUGCGUGAGCAAAUCUCGGAAGGUCGGUUACUGUCGCAAAGUGAAGCUUCACAAGUGCUGCGCAAGUGCAUGGAAGUGUUGUACUAUCGUGAUUGUCGUGCGAUAUCGAAAUACUCGGUAGCAGUUUCCACCGCUCAAGGUACAAUUGUUCAAGGACCCUUCGAAGUUAACCAGAACUGGCAAUUGGCAACUUUGGUUAAAGGCUAUUAAUUUCAGAUAUAUGUUUAUACUAUAUAAAAGAUAAUGUUUUAAAAA